GUAGUAAAAAAAAAAAAAAAAAAAAGGAUGGCGGAAGAAGAGGAAGUGAAGAUGGAAGUGGAGGCGGUGCAAUCGGUUUACGGAGAGGAUUGCGUGGUGAUCGAAUCGUAUCCUCCGUACCUUCACCUCCACAUCAAGCCUCGCACCGCCGAUGUCUCUUCCCAACAGUUUGUGGAAGCAGUUAUUGGAAUUCGAGCGAAUUCCCAGUAUCCCAAGGAGCCUCCUCUUGUUUAUCUUAUAGGUUCAAAGGGUCUUGAUGAACAAAGGCAAACACAUCUUAUAAGUAACAUAAGAGACAAAGCCUGUGAGCUCCCCUCUUGUUUUAUGCUUGUAGCACUUUGUGAGGAAGCGGUUGAGAUGCUUUCUGCCAUGAAUCACCCUUAUGGCAAUUGUCCAUUGUGUUUAUAUCCUUUGGUGUCAGAAGAUGACCAGACUGAAAGGUUGCCUUUUAUGAAGUUGAUGUCUUGUUUUCAUUGUUUCCAUAGAGAGUGCAUUAUUAGAUGGUGGAAUUGGCUUCAAAUUGAGAACAAGAAUGAUGCUAAGAAUCUAUCUAGUGCAACUGUACGUUCAAGGAGCACAGGAAGUCAACAAGACAUGAAUGGUGCAGUGGAAGAAAGCAUGGGGAGCUGUCCAGUUUGCCGUAAGGUUUUUCAUGCCAAGGAUCUUGAACACGUGCUUGACUUGGCUGGCAAUCAUUCUUCUCAACUGAGUGUGGACAAAACUCAAGUUAAAGAUGAUGAGAAGCUUCUUCAUUCGGACUUUGAGAAUAUAAGAAGAAAGAAGUUUGAGGCGAUAUUAAAACUGCAGGAAGAAAACAGUGGGUUGAUUGGAUACAAGUCCGACCAUGUUGUUUUGCCUGCCAUAAAUCCUCGGAAUACAGUCACAUCGUCUAACCAUGCAUCAACCAAGGAAACAACUGAGCAACCACAAACUAAUCCAGCUUCAACCGCAGAAACAAAUUCUAGUAGUUCCUCGACUAGGCCUGCCACCAAUAGGCACUGGAACUCGGGCAUGAGGAGGCAGAGAGCACAAAAUUCUAGAAAACUCGUAAAACAGUGGGUUAGAAAAGAUAAUGGUGGUGGUGCAGAUUAAGCCAAUUAUGUUAAAGACUUUCGAGAUUAUUAAUGUUGUCUGAAGUAACAAUUUUAGCAAGAGGAGAAAAAGAAAGAAAAGAAGUUACGGUUUGUUCCCAACCAAAUCGAAAGUCUAAAAUUAAAAUUUUAAAAACGUAAACCCGGUUUCCAACCAAACCAAAUGAAUUGAAGGCAGAAUCCAGGUUGCCCUUUGAGUUUGAGGCUGUGCAACAGAGAGAGAACGUAUCAACGUUCAUAGCUAAACAAGCUUACACCAAGCCUAUAUAUGAGACAACCCUUCAAACACAUUUCGAAAAGGCCAGCCCAGUUUGCUCUGAGGUUCCAGGUGCAGCCCAAAUUUGA